AGUUUAGUUUAGUUUGUUUAUUGACCUCAGUUGCUGUGGUUACGGGUUGAGUCCGGAAGUGCCCCUGUGCACGAGAACAUCUUUAGAAACAUGGCUGUGCAAAGUUGGACUGAUAUCCUAAAAUCAUCAAAGAAAACAGCCUUGAUACACGAUGGAAAAAGGAAGAUCCACUACCUCUUUACAGAUGGAAAAGAAAUGUCAGAAGAGUAUGACUUGAAAACAGAUGACCUCAUUGUACGAAAGUGGUGUCUUAAAAGCACACUUGGAGCUCAGGGCCAAUGGCAGGUGGAGGUCGGGGAGCCACCUGUGAGCCCUGUCACUUCUUCGGAUUCAGAGGUGAUCAAGGAGAACUGCUCCAAUCCUCUGCUCAUGCGUAAAGACACAAAGACCAGCUUUCAGUGGAGAAUCCGCAACCUUCCCUACCCCAAAGAUGUCUUCAGUGUUUCUGCGCAGCCGUCUGAGAGAUGCAUCAUCGUAAAAACGUCAAACAAAAAGUAUUAUAAGAAGUUCAGUAUUACUGAUUUAGAUCGCAAUGAGCUGCCAUUGGACAACUCCUCCCUCAGCUUCACUCACGCCAACAACACUUUAAUUGUCAGCUACAAGAAACCCAAGGAGAUCUUAACCCUUGAACAGGAGCUACUGAAGGAGCUGAAGAAACUGAAGGGGACCGGCGAAGGGGAUGUCGACUGCAAAACUCAGUGAAUCAGUGAAUUUGGACUGUGGGAGCAAGGGGAUCACUCUAAGUUGCAUUUAAAGCAGAACCUCACUGCGUCAUUUUCCAGUCACAUGCGAGCCCUCGUUUAUUUUUCCUUUUGCGGAGCCCAUCAGUGAGAAGACCUUUGCACAGUGCCUCGUCAACGGUUCAAAGCUUCUAAUUGUGUUUACUAAUUUGGGUUCAUUUAUUAGAGUUUAAAUUUAUCCUGCCAUUUAUAUUUGAUACAGACAUGUGUGUUUUGAAGUUGAGGAACUUUAUAGCUGAACUAUGAGCACUCUCACCAAUGAUUUCUUUCACAGAAACCUCAUUUAAUUAUUCACAUAAAAAAGAAAAUCAACAGUGUUUAUUUUCGCUUCUUGUUACCAAACCUACUAGGGAGCAAUUUUGAUGAGGGUCACAUAACCUACCAUCCUCCUUUCAUUGAUGUCCUUGUAAAACACUCAAAACACACAAUGCCUCAUCCCUGUUCGUUCCGGGGUCACUGUUACGAGCACAUCCCAUUUGUGUUAACUGAAUACCCUCAUGUUCCUUGCAUGUAGUGGGCCACCCUGAAAGCCAUUACUGAAACUGUGGUCAGCGAGCGAGCUAGUGUUACUGUUUCCCUUUACAACAGAGGGUCAUUCUGACUCUGUGGUCUCCGGCUCAAACUACAUACACACAAGUUAGAAAUGUUGCAGGUCUUUUGUUCCAAACACAUUUGAUAUUAUUAACAGGGACAAAUAUAAACACGGUAUUACACGCUUUUUUAUUUAUUUUUAAUUCUAAGUAUACAUGACAUGUACAGAAGAAGAAGAAGAAUUGUACAGAUCAAUGCGUCAAGAUGGGAUAUUUGUCUACUUUUUCACCAAGUUAAAUAAAAAUAAAAAAGCAAACACUGUCCAGUCAGAAAUACUUAGACAGUGGAUAAAAAAAGAACAGUGCUGUGUAGAAGAGACAAAGGCAUUUAAAUAUAGCUUGUUUCAACCUUGUGAUUCCUUGCAUUGUUUUUUUUCACCACUUGUCCAAACCCAGAGAGCAAGUGCAAAAAGCAGAGACAAAACCACAGGUCCCUCUCACCAUUGUGCUUUGUCUUCUUCCAGAUGGAAAGAACAAGAAUACAAGAAAACAUUUUGAACCCAGCCUGUCCUGUUGUUUUGCAAAUUCUUGUGAGGAACUUAAAAAAAAAAAGAAAAAUGUUUAUAACAUUUGACAAAACUGCAUUCACACAUACUUGAUUAGGUUUCCCUUUGUGUGUAAAGAGGUGCUGUGUUAAUAAUACUUAAAUAUAUCUUACAAGAAGCUGUUGAACAGAUGCUCUAAAUACCAAGCAUUCAUUCAGCU